CACUUCUGACUUUAGCAUUCCACUCUUUUAUCAACCCUGUUCAUCGUCUUCGCGCCUUAGCCGGUCUCAAUUGAAAGUCAUCGCCCUCCCGUAACCCCCCUCAGGCGCUUCCCGGUCUUCGAUUUCUCGUGUCCCUUCGUUUCUCAACCGAGCCCCGUCGAUAUUGGUAUAAAUGGGUGUCUGUGCUUCGUGUCUGGGGGUUGGUCGCCGGGACAGUCAGGAUUCUGAGUCUUCCCAACGUCUCCUCGACGAAGAUAUCUAUCAGCCUGGCUAUGGAUAUGGCGCGUUAAACAAUUCUACCCAAGGCAACCACCCAGAUACCGGAUACUUGAAGCGUGAACGAGAAGCGCUCGAAGCUAUCUGCCAACGGACGUCGGAUUCCGUCAUCGAUAUCUGGUCCCUUCAGCCCCAACCUCAUCUACAACCCCGAGCGACUCUCCGUGGUCCCGUGUCCCCAGCUUCCUCUCGAGCCGGUACAAAAGACGAUGUACCCGUAAGAGUAACCACCACUCCUCCAGCAUCAGAGGCCGGAUCCUCCGCCCAGAAGCCUGGCUCUCCGAAGUCAGGCGCCGUUCCGAAACACUGGGGUGAGGUGGUCAUAAAUCCGCGCAAGGGGAAAUCGCAGCAGCUCGACGAUAAUGCCCGCGAUGUGUUUGGUGUUCUGAAGGUUACUUAGUUCGGGUUUGACAAGGGUCGAUAUGACGGUUGAAUUCUGGGGUUUUUUAUUCGUUAUUUCCGUUCCUCUCUCGCAUAGGUCGCCGGUCGAUGGUCGAUGUCUUUCCCUCUUUCGUUUUGUCAUGCACGGCCGCCGUGUCUUUGUUUCUUUCCUUUCUUUUCCAUUUCUUCCCUGCCCCCCUUCGCCCUAGAGAUUCUGUUCUAAUACCCUGG